AUGAAUGCAAAGCAAAUCCGAAUUCACAGCGACUCCCAGCUCAUUGUGAACCAGGUAACGGCAGACUUCGCCGCCAAGGAUGCCUCCAUGUACGCCUACCUUUCAACCGCCCAUCAGCUACUCCGAAGUUUCCAAGCAUACGAGAUCAAACAGAUCCCCAGAGGCGAAAACAGCCAUGCCGAUGCUUUGGCAAGACUCGCUUCGGCGAUAAACGACAAAGUCGGAAGAAAGGUACCAGUGGAGAUCCUUGCCCAACCGAGCACGGUAACCUCCGAAGCGUGUGCCGUACGGUAUGAGGAUACAUGGAUGUCUCCCAUCUACUUAUACCUGACGAACGGCACCCUUCCUGAGGAUAAAGCCCAGGCCCGAAAGCUGAGAUACCGAUCAGCAAGAUACACAGUUAUCAACGAUGUACUCUACAAGCGCGGCUACACUACCCCGUAUCUCAAAUGCCUCACGGCAGAGCAAGGGGAGUACAUCCUUCGGGAGAUUCACAGCGGUGUGUGUGGCGACCAUUCCGGGUCCCGAUCUCUCGCCUACAAAGUCUUUCGGCAGGGAUACUUUUGGCCAACCAUGCAUCAGGACGCCAAUUCACUAGUGAAGAGGUGUGACAAAUGCCAGCGCUUCGGUAAUGUCCCACAUAUCCCUGCCGAACCUCUCACACCAAUUGUAAGUCCUUGGCCUUUUGCACAAUGGGGACUGGACCUGAUUGGCCCAAUGCCGCAAGGCAAGGGGCAGUUGGACAAGGCAAAGGGAGCCUGGCCGGAAAAGCUUCCCGAAGCACUGUGGGCCAUUCGAACGUCUUACCGAACGUCCACUGGAGAAACCCCUUUUUCUAUGGCCUUUGGAUCGGAAGCAGUGGUACCCGUGGAAAUCGGCGAACCUUCCUACCGAACGGAAUCCUUCGCACCGAAGGAGAACGAGGAGGCCAUGUCUCUAAGCCUUGAUCUACUCGAGGAGCACCGAGCACAGGCCAACCUUCGGAAUGAAGCCUACAAACAGCGUGUGUCUCGGUAUUACGACUCUAGGGUCAGACCCCGCUCUUUCCGAAUCGGGGACUGGGUCAUGCGCAAGGUAUCGCUUGCGACGAAGGAUACCACGGAAGGAACCCUCGGACCUUCCUGGGAAGGACCAUAUGAAGUCAUCGGUAUCCUUCGCUCGGGAACUUAUCGACUAAGAGGCACCAACGGCAAGGCCCUCGGCCAUCCUUGGAACGUAGAACAUCUCAAGUACUACUACAAGUGA